AUUAAAAAACAGAAAAGUCUAGGUCCCACAACUCCAAAAGCGCGUAAGUUAGGAGAGUUUCUGCUAUGGAGAUCGCGUGAGAACCCAAUUUCCACCACCUUUCCUUUACCAGCCAGGUCCAGCACAUUCCUUCUAUAAAUUCCCUUGCCCCUCCGUCUUUGCCUCAAACCAUCGGCCACUGUUUCGUUUUGUUUCUCUCACAAAAACAAUUUUCUGACGGCAUAUGUCUCAAAGGCCCAGCGUUCCUCACUACUCCUCCGUAGCCUUCGGCCUCCAUUCCCAUCUCCUGGUCUCCAGUGAGAUGAACCCCAGCUCCAACUGGUCCUCUAAUUUCCAUUGAAUUAUUUUCUUUCUAAUUACCUAGCUUCUUCAGUAUCCUACGAUUAAAAUACCUUUCAAAACCUAAACCCAGAUUUCAUUCUUUCAGAUUAUUAUAACAAACUUCAUUUUGUUUGUUUCCCGAGGUAAAAAAAAAAUUUAAUCCAAGAUGGGUGUGAAAGGUUUUGUUGAAGGAGGCAUAGCUUCAAUUAUCGCGGGGUGUACGACCCACCCACUUGACCUACUCAAGGUCCGAAUGCAGCUCCAGGGUGAGACCCAGGCCCCGAAACCCAAACCGAGCCCUAACCCAGCAGUCCAAACUCUCCGUCCGGCUCUCGCCUUCCAAACCACCUCACUCUCCGCUCCGGGCUCCAUCCACGUACCACUCCAACAGCCUCAGGCGGCGCGUGCGGGCCUAAUCGCCGUCGGCGUCCGUCUCGUCCAGCAAGAAGGCGUGGCUGCGUUGUUCUCGGGCGUUUCCGCCACCGUCCUCCGCCAGACUUUGUACUCCACCACCCGGAUGGGUCUCUACGACAUCCUCAAGAAGAAGUGGACCGACCCCAACUCCGGUAGCCUGCCCCUCGCGAGCAAAAUAGCGGCUGGGCUCGUAGCCGGCGCUGUCGGCGCCGCCGUGGGGAACCCCGCCGACGUGGCCAUGGUCCGCAUGCAAGCUGACGGGCGGCUACCCCCUGCUCAGCGUCGCAACUACAAGAGCGUGGUGGAUGCCAUAUCCCGCAUGGCGCGCCAGGAAGGGAUCCCCAGCCUGUGGCGCGGGUCGUCGCUGACGAUUAACCGGGCCAUGCUGGUCACGGCCUCGCAGCUCGCGUCGUACGACCAGAUCAAGGAGAUGAUUCUAGAGAAGGGCGUGAUGAGGGACGGGCUGGGAACCCACGUGACUGCGAGCUUCGCGGCGGGGUUCGUGGCGGCCGUGGCAUCGAACCCGGUGGACGUGAUCAAGACCCGGGUGAUGAACAUGAAGGUGGAGCCUGGGGCGGAGCCACCCUACACCGGGGCUCUGGACUGCGCGCUGAAGACAGUGCGAGCCGAGGGGCCCCUGGCGCUCUACAAGGGCUUCGUGCCGACCAUUUCGAGACAGGGCCCUUUUACUGUCGUGUUGUUUGUGACGUUAGAGCAGGUUCGCAAGUUGCUCAAGGAUUUCUAAGUGAUGUUGAUGAUGACGAAGAAUUUAGAAUAAAGUUAAUUCCGUAUUAUGAUUAUUUAA